CCGGAAGUGACGCCACUGCCGGGCCUUCCCGGCGGGGCGGGGCCCGGGAACGCGCCGUGACGUCACCGGAGGUGGCGGCGGCAGCGGCGGCAGCAUGGGGAAGCAGAAGAAGGUGCGGAAGUACGCGGCCAUGAAGCGCAUGAUCAGCCUUCGGGACCAACGCAUUAACGAGAAGGACCGGGCGAAAGGCCCGGUGAAGAAGAAGGAGGACCCGAGUGCCAUCAAGGAGCGGGAGGUCCCCCAGCAUCCCUCUUGCUUGUUCUUCCAGUAUAAUACCCAGUUGGGACCCCCUUACCACAUCCUCGUUGACACUAACUUCAUCAACUUCUCCAUCAAGGCCAAGCUGGACCUAGUGCAGUCGAUGAUGGACUGUCUCUAUGCCAAGUGUAUUCCAUGUAUCACAGAUUGUGUAAUGGGUGAAAUUGAGAAGUUAGGGCAGAAGUACCGUGUGGCGUUAAGAAUUGCCAAGGACCCUCGGUUUGAACGCUUGCCAUGUAUGCACAAAGGGACCUACGCAGAUGACUGCUUGGUACAGAGGGUCACUCAGCACAAAUGUUACAUUGUGGCCACAGUGGAUAAAGAGCUCAAGCGGAGAAUACGAAAAAUCCCAGGAGUGCCUAUAAUGUACAUUUCCAGGCACAGAUACAACAUUGAGAGAAUGCCAGAUGAUUAUGGAGCACCUCGACUCUAAUCUGUUCAGCCAAGCCAUCAAUGCCAGGACUCAGAGCCAGGAUAAGGGUCUCUCUCGUUCCAGCCCUCCUGCUUCCUUUUUUUGCUGGGACUCUGCACAUAGGACUGUGGGUGACAUUGGACUGACAUCAUAGCCUUGAUCUUCCAAGAAAAAGCUACUUGGAAGAGUCUGGUUUUAUUCAUCCUUGCUCUGACUUGGCCUGACUACCUACAGCUGGGAGAAGCACAUGAGAAAUAGAGGACAGCAGUGUCUGGAACAUACUUAACUCUCUCUUCAUUGGGAUCAUUGGAAAAAAAUGAUUUCAGCAUUCUAAAUUAAAUAUUGGUGAUGCAACUCUGGCUGAGAAUGAAACCACAGAUACUUCAGAAGUUUUUUUAUUGCUGCACCUGUAGAUGGACUAAUACUCCUCUGGGAAGCUCCCUCACACCUGUGCCAUGAGCAAAUCAGAAUCUGCAUUCUGGAGAAAAGGCAUCAGAUCUGCACCAGUUGGUGUGCCUUCUCUGGGCCAGCGGUCUGGAAGAUUUUAAUUCAGAAUUGAUAAGCUCUUACUCAACUGUACAAUGAAUGAAGUUCAGUUAAGUGUC